GAUUCAUUUUCAAAAUUAAAAGUUGAAUUUAUGAAAAUUUAAAAUGUGUGAAAAUCUUGACCCGAGUCGCCUAAGAUGCGAGCCGUGCCGUACAAUAAAUUUGGCGAAACACAUAAAACAACCAAAACCCAACAUGCAAGUGUAUGAAAAAUGUAGCCCUACGCAAAAAUUCGACUGUCCCCGCGUGACAGAACUCCCUCUGCAUCCCACCUGUAUAAAAGUUUGCACCAGGGAAGAAUAUCAAGCAAGAAUAUGUCCCGGGAAAGUGCAAGUACCGAAAAUUGGCCCCGUUUAUGCUCAUGGAAAAUUAAUGUAUGCGGUAAAAGCUGGUAUCCUGGUAGGUGCAGUGUAUUUUACGUAUACGCAAGGAGUGUGGGGUACCCAACAAGACGUAACAGAGUGCAUAAGUCGCUGGCAGGAAUACAUAAGAAGUAUAAACACGAGACGUCCUCCCAUCUUUGAUAUGUGUGGAAAUGUUAUUAGGAAAGAGUCAACGGAAAGCUUAUUGGCUCCGGCAUAUGCAAUUUACAAAUCAAUCGUUACUACUUGUUUUUCAGGCGUUGUUAAAGUACCACUUCUAGUAAAGUGUGCUUACUUGGAUUACCUCAAAGCGAUUGAGAAAAUGAAAGACGAGGAAGCACGAGAACGUCAAAUACGAAAAAAGAGUGGAUAG